AUGCGCAAUACCAGCAUCCACCAAAGUCAUGACGCCAACACAGUCACUGGUCAUCACGAAAGAACUGAUGAUGGUGAGGACGAUUAUGAGCAAACAGGGACCACAGCAGGUAUGAGGGAAAAGAAGGACCAGCCUGAUGCGCCGGCCUCUAUACUCAACGAGGCCGAAGAUCACCAUCCGGCCCAACCUGUCAUGAGCCAAGCCGCUGCCGAGACCGAUGGCCAGGACGGACCUCAGCCUCUACCACCCACGGAUACCGCCCAGCGGGAUGCGAAAGAGCGCGGUAUCUUGGCAAGGGCCUUGAGUGCUUUGAACUGGAUGCCACCAUGGUGUCGCUACGAGCCGCAGAAUCCUCCUAAGUUCACGCUCGGAAUGAACAUUCUAUUCGGUUUCAGCGGCACAUUCACCGUUGCGAAUCUGUACUAUCCUCAACCCAUUCUCAAUAUCAUAGCCGAGGACUUCAACGUCAGCUAUGAGCGCUCCUCGAGUAUCGCGGCUCUGUCUCAGGCCGGCUAUGCUGUUGGACUCCUCCUUCUGUGCCCGCUUGCAGAUAUGGUCCCCAGGAGGCCCCUGAUCUUGUUUCUCAUUUGGGCCACUGCGACAAUGUGGAUUGGGCUAUGCCUCACAAACAGUUUCGAUGUCUUCAUCAGCCUGUCGUUUUUGUGUGGUGUAGGUACCGUUACUCCUCAGCUCAUACUACCUCUCGUCGGCGAUCUUGCUCCAACACACAGACGCGCAACAUCGCUGUCCAUUGUCGUCUCCGGGCUCACACUAGGCUUGCUCAUCGCCAGGGUGCUGUCUGGCAUAGUCGCCAAUUACACGUCUUGGAGGAACAUAUACUGGGUAGCACUCGGCGCUCAAUAUGUCACAUUCAUCCUACUGCUGUUCAGCCUUCCCGAUUACCCAACGAAGAACCAGGGUCUCAACUACUUCAAAGGCCUCUGGGAGAUGGCAGUAAUGGUUGUUGAAGAGCCCCUGCUCACACAAGCUUGCAUCAUGGGCUUCCUGCUGAGCGCGGCGUUCACGAACUUCUGGACUACGUUGACUUUCCUGCUGGCCUCGCCUCCCUACAACUAUUCCUCCUUGGAGAUCGGACUUUUCGCAUUCAUCGGCAUCGCAGUCAUCACGCUUGCGCCAGUAUGGUCACGUUUGAUCACCGACCGAUUCGUGUUCCUGUUCUCUAGUGUGGUCGGCCUGGCGUUUGAACUCGUCGGCGACAUCAUCGGCACGUUCACUGGCACAUUCACUGUGGCAGGGCCUGUGAUCGAAGCCAUCAUGAUGGAUACUGGGUCAAACUUCACGCACACAGCUAACCGGAGUAACAUCUACAACCUCGAUGCGAAAGCGCGGAACCGAGUGAAUACGGCCUACAUGGUCUUCAGCUUCGCUGGACAGUUGACGGGCACAGCGGUCGGAAACCGUCUGUAUGCUGAAGGUGGAUGGGUAUGGAGUGGAGGCUGCAGAAUUGCAUUCAUUGGCGCCGCGAUCCUUGUUGGGCUGGCCAGAGGUCCCAGAGAGACGGGAUGGGUUGGCUGGCGAGGUGGGUGGAACAUCAGGAAGGAUGCCAGUCAAAGCAAAGAGACUACCUCAACGGAACGGACUGUUGAGGAAGCGUCGCCUCCGUCAGAGAAGCCGAAUGAGACUGCGCCAAGCA